ACCGAGACGGGGUGCGGGGAAGCAGAAGACGUCCGAGGCAAUGGCUGGGGUGUUUGACAUUGACCUGGACCAGCCGGAGGACGCGAUAUCAGACGAUGAACUGGAGGACGGGGGUACCUUUAUUGAGUUCAUGGACCAUGGGAGUAUAUCUUAUGAACUAGGCAUGGAGCAUUGUGAAAAGUUUGAGAUCUCAGAGAUAAGUGUGAACAAAGGUCCAGAGAAGAUACGACCAGAAUGUUUUGAGCUUCUUCGUGUACUGGGGAAAGGUGGUUAUGGGAAGGUUUUUCAGGUACGGAAAGUAAUUGGAGCUCAUACAGGAAAAAUCUUUGCAAUGAAAGUGCUUAAAAAGGCUAUGAUUGUACGAAAUGCUAAAGACACAGCUCACACUAAAGCUGAGCGGAAUAUUUUAGAAGAAGUAAAGCAUCCUUUCAUUGUGGAUCUUAUUUAUGCCUUUCAAACUGGUGGAAAACUCUACCUCAUCCUAGAGUAUCUUAGCGGAGGAGAACUCUUCAUGCAGCUGGAAAGAGAAGGGAUAUUUAUGGAGGACACAGCCUGUUUUUAUUUGGCAGAGAUCUCAAUGGCUUUAGGACAUUUACAUCAGAAAGGAAUCAUUUAUCGAGAUUUGAAACCAGAGAACAUCAUGCUUAAUCUUCAAGGGCAUGUGAAACUUACUGAUUUUGGCCUUUGUAAAGAAUCUAUCCAUGAUGGCACAGUCACACACACCUUCUGUGGAACAAUCGAAUACAUGGCACCGGAAAUCUUAAUGAGAAGCGGUCAUAACCGUGCUGUAGACUGGUGGAGCCUGGGAGCUUUGAUGUAUGACAUGCUGACUGGAGCACCGCCGUUCUCUGGUGAAAACAGAAAGAAAACUAUUGAUAAAAUUCUCAAAUGUAAAUUAAACUUGCCUCCCUACCUCACUCAAGAAGCCAGAGAUCUGCUUAAGAAGCUGCUAAAAAGAAAUGCUGCAUCUCGUCUUGGAGCAGGAGUUGGAGAUGCUGGAGAUGUGCAGGGUCACUCCUUUUUCAGACACAUUAAUUGGGAUGAUCUUCUGGCUCGUAAGGUGGAACCUCCAUUUAAACCUCUUUUGCAAUCUGAAGAGGAUGUCAGCCAAUUUGAUUCAAAGUUUACACGACAGACCCCUGUGGACAGUCCAGAUGAUGCCACUCUCAGCGAAAGUGCCAACCAGGUGUUUGUGGGUUUUACCUAUGUGGCUCCCUCUGUACUUGAAAGUGUGAAAGAAAAGUUUUCAUUUGAACCAAAAAUUCGCUCUCCGCGCAGAUUCAUUAGUAGUCCUCGAACACCCGUAAGCCCUGUGAAGUUUUCUGCUGGAGAUAUCUGGGCAAGAGGGACAGCUGCUGGAACCUCAAACACUCAGACACCAGGGGAGUUUCGAAUGGAAGCAGGCGGUGUGGAACAAAUGGAUGUGACUGUAAGCGGAGAAGCUUCAGCACCGCUACCAAUCAGACAAUCUAAUGCUGGGCCAUAUAAAAAGCAAGCUUACCCCAUAAUUUCUAAGCGACCUGAACAUCUACGCAUGAAUCUAUGACAGUGCAGUAUUUACAGAUGUAUUCUGACUUACAUAGGUGGUAAAAUAAAAAGCAAGAAUCGAUAACUCAUAACAAGGCACGAAAGACCCUGUUGGGGGAAGCAAAUCAUGGAAU